CGUCAGCCGAGCGCCGACCGACGCGCUCUCACCCGACCACUUCACAAUCCGACAAAAAUGAUCUUUCAUAAUCCGAUCCCAAAUGUAUUAUCACUGGUUCCUGUGAAAUGUGCGCGUUAAGUUGUCAGCUCGCACGUUCGCGAAACGGCUUGCGAGUACACAGUGUGUUUGCAUAAUAUACCAACGAUGUUAAACGUUUGAGUUUACGUCUGAACUGAUAAAGCGAAAAUGCAUCUUCACUUCGAGAGAAACGUAAACGCAAAAUGCGACUGUUCCAUCCUGUCGCUGUCCUGGAUGGGGAAGGUGCCCGACGAGCUGCCAGAGGAGGAGGGUUGGAAGUUGAACCGCAACAAUUAUUACCAAGAGGGCUGGCUGGCGACUGGCAACGUGCGCGGGGUGGUCGGAGUGACGUUCACAUCGUCGCACGCGCGUCGCCCGCACGAGCUGCCCUUGCGUACUAACUAUAAUUUGCGCGGGCACAGAUCAGACGUAAUCCUCGUGAAAUGGAACGAGCCGUACCAGAAACUGGCUUCGUGUGACAGCAGCGGCGUGAUCUUCGUGUGGAUCAAGUACGAGGGCCGCUGGAGCAUCGAGCUUAUCAACGACAGGAGCACUCCAGUCACGCACUUCUCCUGGUCACACGAUGGAAGAAUGGCACUCAUAUGCUAUCAGGAUGGCUUCGUACUAGUGGGCUCAGUGGCCGGGCAGCGGUAUUGGUCGUCCAUGUUAUCACUGGACGCUCGCAUCACGUGCGGCUGUUGGACUCCUGAUGAUAACCAGGUGUAUCUGGGAACCGCGUCGGCCCAGCUCGUGGUGAUGGACGUGCAUGGGGCUAUGGUUUCACAGGUACAACUAGUAGCAGAAGGAGGUAUAACAUCAAUGGCGUGGUCUUGCGAGAAGUUCAAGAUGGAGGAGGGGGAGGAGGGAGGGGAGAACAAUGGCGGGCACGUGUUAGCCGUGGCUCUAGGCAACGGAGAGAUAGUGCUCCUGCGAGGACAUGAUGACGUCAGUCCCGUGCGAGUGGCCACGGGACUCAGAGGGAACACGCUGGCUAUGGAGUGGGCUAACUCCAGGGAACUGUUGGCUGUUGCGGGCACGCUAAUCGCAGAAGCGGAUGAGCCUGUGGACACGCCCCCUUACAAGAACGUCGUGAAGUUCUAUUCAGAUGUCGGAGCCCUCAUCUAUACCGUCCCUAUACCUUACACGCAGGGUGUAGUCCGCGCGCUAACAUGGGGCCACAUGGCGCGGCGGCUGUUCGUGUCGGCGGGCGGCGCGGUGUGCACGGCGCGCGUGUGGCGCGUGGUGGCGCCGCUGCAGCUGCUGGCGCGCGUGCGGGCCGCGCAGGCGCUGCGCCACCCGCGCCUCGCGCCGCGCCUGCCGCUGCCGCCGCGCCUCGUGCCCGCGCUCGCCAACCUCUUCGCGCAUACCAUCCGGUGCAACGUACCUGAAACAAACGAGCUCCGUCUCUUCGUGUCCCGCCCCCCGGCGGCGGGCGGGCGGCUGCACUGCACCAUGCUCCGUCAUGAUGACGAGGAAGCAGGCGCAUAUACUCUGUACCUGGAACACCUAGGGGGACUGGUGCCCUUGUUGAAAGGCAGGCGCACCAGCAAGAUCAGACCUGAGUUCGUUAUCUUCGAUCCACAAGCUGAAGAGCAAGUAUCAAGCAGCGUAGUGGUCCGCGCUAGCAGCAGCAGCAGCAGCGGCGCCGGCAGCUCGUCCAGCGGCGGCGGCGCCUCCCCCCGCGCGCCCCGCACCCCGCGCCCCGCCCGCCAUCCCCACGCGCCCCACACCUCCUCCUCCGACACCGAGCGGGAAGAGGGUUGUUCGGGCUCCCCGCGACUACAGCGGCGGCGGCGAGCGCGGGAGAGACGUAAGGUACGCACCUCCAGCGAGAAGGACGAACCGCCAGACGAACUCGCCUACAUCGACUCCUUGCCAGAGGAUGUGCGUUUAGUAGAAGUAACUUCUAAUAUUUGGGGAACUAAAUUUAAAAUGCAUGGUUUAGCUAAAAAUGUGCCCGCGAACCUCGGCCAGGUCACGUAUAAGACCUCCUUGCUGCACCUGCAGCCGCGUCAGAUGACGCUCAUGAUCACAGAGCUUAGGGACGACUAUCCCGUUGGCCCCGACCCCUCGUUUAACCCUAACAUUUUCUCCGAAGACGAAGAAGAAGUGUUUCCGACUAACGACUCCACCGAUUCUCCAGCACACACUAAUAAUAAUAAUAUCAGACGAAAGCUGACCCUUAAUGAGAGAAUGAACAACUCUAAUAAUAUAAACCAAAAUGAGAGCUUUACUGCUAACAAUAACAACUCAAACGGUCCGUCACUCGCCAGAGCCGAGUCGUAUGAUGAGUUCCCUUACAUCGACACUAACGAAACUGUUAGCAACGUACCUGAGAGCGUGUACUCCACACCCGUGCGUCACGCGAGCCAGCCCGCCGAGCGGCGCGUCAGCAACCCCGCCGGCGUGCCCAACCGCCACGCCAUCUCCCCGCUGCGCUGCGAGAGCUCCGUGCCCACGCUGCAGUCGCCCAAGAACGCCGUCGCGCCCACUGACAUCAUAUUCGAGCGACCCUCCCCGCAGACCGUCACGUGCGGGGGACGCGGCGACUUCUGCGGAGGCAGGACCGACUACAGCGUGCGCGGGGAUAACGUCUCACUCAAAGGGAACUUGUCUAAUAUAGAGCAACAGUCUUUUAACCUCAGCCUGAGUCUAGAGCCAAGUCGACAGGUGACAAUAAAGAAAUGUGAUAAUCACGUUACAGACAAUUGUCUAUCAAAGCUACGCAAAAAUAUUUGCAGCAGGGGUGAAUCUGCCUCGUACGAUAUGAACACAAGGAUUUUAAAGUCACUUUGUAACAAAAAUUACGAGCACGAAGUGCAUCCCGACGCCCUGAGCAAGCGAGGCGAUACUAUAAAACACUUGCAAAAGAGUGAAGACUUGAAGUUCAUAGAUGAGGAGACGCCUGUCGAUACCACCAUCAGUAAUCUGACUGACAAAGCGCGGGAGGUUACCGGUAAAGUGCAGAGGACCACUACCGUAGUACCCAUCAGUCCAGUUUGCGCGACCGUCCCCGUGUACGACACCAUGACGCGGAGCUGUAGUGUCGGCUACCUGGACCUGGUGGACCCUCAGGUGCUGCACGCACAGGUCAGUCUGAGUGCACUGCGCGGGGAGCCGCCCCGGAGACUAGUACUCGUCAACAACAAGCGACACAGGAAGCAGCGGCGACACGUGCGCGCCACUGACGUCAAACAAACUGAGUGCACCAAGACGCCAAGCUUGCGGAGAUGCGGCAAAUCCAGGAGUCUCGACUCCAGCGAGAUGUCGCUCACGGUAGACAAGAGUAAAAGACUAUCGCGGAUAGACACGGCGACGCCGAAGGCGGACGUGACGCCGGCACAGUCGAGCAGCCGCUGCAACAGCACGGGCGGCGAGGACAACAGCGGCACCAGCACGUCGGACAGCGGGCGGCGCUCGCGGCGCGACUACCCCGUGUGCACCGCGUGCCGCCUCGUGGCGCCCUACGACACGCGCCCGCCCGGCGCCGCGCCCUACGUGUGCGUCGCCUGCAGCGCCCGCGCCCCCCCCCCCGCGCCCGCGCCCGCGCCUCCGCCCCCGCCCGACUCCGACUCCGACUACAGCAAGUAUUACAGUUCAUUGGAACAGCUGGCGCUACGGCUGCUGGCGUCGCGCGGGUCCCGGCGGGCGGGGGCCGCGGGGGCGCGGGAGGGGAGCGCGGCGGCGCGGGCGAACGCGGCGGCUGCGCGCGAGUGCAGUUCGGCGCCGGCCUCCCCGCGCGCCGGCCGCAGCCACCCCGCCGGCUCCGCGCCCGCUGAGUCGGCGCCGCGCACGCCACCACGACGACAUCGAUACUCCUCAGCAUCGCCUAUCAGGCAACUCUUGAACUCCCCGCUUCUUAAUCGAAGAAGAAACAAGAAACCGUCCGAAAGUUCAGACGACGAGUAUUCCACUGGCGGCGGCUACAGUGAGGUCAAUGGCAGGAAUUAUCGAGAUUUAGAAAGCUUCCAGAAGGCACAACUGAGGAACAAGCUGAAACGCGCGGGCGGUGUGAUGCCGACGAGUGGCGCUAGCGACAGCCGCAACAGCGCCGCACGUCGGCAACUCGUGAUGCACAACAAGGCGCCCAUGUGGAACGAGAACAGCCAGGUGUACCAGCUCGACUUCGGCGGCCGCGUCACACAGGAGUCCGCCAAGAACUUCCAGAUUGAAUAUCAUGGAAAACAGGUGAUGCAAUUUGGACGCAUAGACGGCAACGCUUACACACUGGACUUCCAGUACCCGUUCUCAGCAUUGCAGGCCUUCGCCGUAGCUCUCGCCAACGUAACUCAACGUCUGAAGUAACUCCAUCCUAGCUUACGAUUAAUAGCGCACAGUUUCUCUAACUCGAGCGAGCUGACCAGAGGGUAUCGUGAGACACACGGAUUCUAAUAAAAUGUAUUCAGAACUUGACGAUUUUCUACAGUAAUUGGGACUGUAGCAAUCCUUACUAGGUAUUGCUAUAUUCCAUUUGGACAGAAACAAGUACUUGAAUUGUUUGCCGUCUACGUAGGAUCUCAAUCUUAAAGUUAUCUUUUCUCACGGAUUUGUGGCUUCAUUCGAAAUCCUCUGUCGGCGUAUUUAAUCGUAAUUGUUAAAACAUUGCUCGAUAAAUAAGCUUUUUACAAACACUAUUAGUUAACGCGUAUUGAUCAGCGAAUUCGCCCAUCCAUAAAUAUUUUUUACACAAGCUUAGAUAGGAUAGCUUUGUAAAGUUUCAAAUUUAUGGUCUCAAUGCCGAAAAACGAACAAUAAUUCGGAGACAUUGGGACCGCCAUCACGGACAAAAUGUAAAGAUAAGUCUUAUGUAUAAUAAUCCAUUAAUCCCCACUCUAUAGGAACGUAAAAAGUAUUUUAGGUAAAAUAUUAUAUAUUUUCACAAUAGACAUAUUUCACGCAUUGAAUAAUUCUCAAGUAAUAGAUGUGUUGGCCUACAGUUACCAAACCUCAAUGUAACUUUAAUGUCGUUGAUUGGUUCUCAGCAUAGUGGUCGAAACUUACGGCCGCGUGGGUAACCUUGAUAUUGUUAACUUAUUUCUUUAAUUUUGAACGAUUAAUUUGCUUACACAGGAUGUUCAUAAAUGCUGGAUUCGUCUGGAAUUGGAUUUUGACAGGGAAACAUACAUGUAUUUCACGGUGUAGAAUCGAGGUGCAAAGUUCAAUUUCAGACGAUUUCAGGUAUAUUGUCAUCCUGUAAGUUACCUGUCACCAAUCAUGCGGCCUAGGUAUAUCACGCAUUCCUCCAGAGGUGAUAUAACAUGUCCACCAGUCGAUAUGGAUAUCUAAAUUAGCGAGUGUAAUGUGCAUCUAAGCACUUUCUGAUUAGGUCAAUGAAUAUUGUUGUAAUGUGUGUUAUCUUUAAAAUAAUGUUGUUGUCAUUGUAUUAUUACUAUUACAUUAACCUAAUGUUCUAGGUGUUUGUCUUUUUAUUUAUGAAAAUAUUCACUAUUGUAUUUUUUCAUUUAAGACAUUGAACUGAUUUACUAACUCAUACCUGUGUAUAUAAAGUUAUACAUAAGUGCAUACCUAGAAACUAGUAUUUAAUAAGAUAAUUAUGUUAAAUUGCACUUAUGUUUUUUACUUUUAUCAAAACUUACAUAUCUAUGGUUAAUUAUUACUAGAUUGUUAGAAAUGUAUUUCAUUUUCACAGAUUCAUUUGAAGACUGCACAUCAUGAAUAUAUUUUGAUACCUCUUUUAUUGAUUAAUGUGUAUCUAAUUUAGUAAAAAAUCUUAAUGUUAGGGAAUGUUGAAUAAGCUGAGUUAGAUUUGUUUUUGUUGCUCAAGAGUUUUUAGGUUUUUAAAUGUUGUGGUGUUAAAUAAAUAGAUGCGAAAUGACAAGUAUAAUGGAUGUCGCCCACUCAACUCUCUUGAUCUGCUUAGAUUUAAUAUGUCCAAUCGAGAUAACAAUUUUAGCUCAUUUCAAAGGUUGUAUUUUAGCAUCUUAAAAAUCAAACGAAUAAAGGUGCAAUAUUUGUAAGCGUCAGUUUUCGUCACAAAGAUCUCGAGUAACAUGUGAGUAGACGACAUAAAUUACAGUUAUUUUUUCGAUACUUGUUAGAGAAAACGGAUAUUAUCGAUUGAAAUGUAUGGUGUUUUUUGUUAUUGCCAAUGAUUUGUACUUGAUGUUAUGACAAGUCCGUUAAUGGUAAAGCAGCACGAUUUCCUAGUUUUCUCGCGCUUCGUUUCAUUGUGCUGCCAUCUAUAAUAGUUGUCCAUCGCUUUUUCUUUGAUAUUUCACUUGUCCGUUGUACAUACCUACUUUAGUGACAAAGUGUAAAUAAAAUAUUCUCCAAGUAAA